CGAAACCCCCUUUUUCAAUCUCAGCGCAGAAGCAGAGACAAUGAAGUCAUGUUACGCAAGUCUCGGCGACCUUUUAAUAUUCGCCGUGCUCGAGUUUAUGACCCAAGUCACCGUCAGCGCCAGAGUAUUCGCUGUGAUGACAUCCGACACGAAUGGGAUGGGAACCUUCUCUCAAGCCCGUGUGGCCCAAGGGAUAGACCUUGGCAAUGGCGAUGACGAGAUGGGCGACGUGGUGGUGCUGAGGCUUGAGGCCCAGGCGGGGAUGGCGCAGUUGAUGACGUCGACGAGCGCUUGGCUGAGGACGAUGGGGGUGACAUCUGAGGAUUGUUGUUUUGCAGUCACAUAUCCUUAAC